AUGGUCGAAAAGCAUCCGGUCUCAAACCGUUCCAGGGAAAGCCAAACCAACUUUGGCAUUCUAGAAGUCCAAGCCGACAACCAUCAAAAUUUUCCAAAUCCCAAUCAUUCCCGGAAAUAAGUGUGCAAGUAGAGAUUAUGCCUAUAGCCAUGACGAUGAACAUCAACGGCAGCUUAGCCUGGCCAGACCAUGUGCCGAAAAGCAUGGCUGAUCACAUCCACGAUGAAGUGCGAGACACGGUCGCAAACAGUCGGCUUGUUCGAAAGUCAGAUGGAAUUGCUCUCGUAUCUCAAAAUGAGCUACAGAUAGGGCCAAUUUUAGGACAGGGGGCCUUUUCGGAAGUACAUGAAGUUCGAGUCUUGAACGAGCAAGGGGACGCCCACACAUACGCCAUGAAACACUUAAAAUUCAAGCUCAUGAGCCAGCCAGACAACUUUCGCCUCGCUGCAGCUGAGCUUGCAAUCGAAGCCCAUAUGCUAGCUAGCUUCGAUCAUCCAAAUAUCAUGAGAAUUAGAGGCUGGGCUGCAAAUGGAGUUGCGUCGUUCACCUUCGGCAAACAUGAUUCUUUCUUUCUUUUGCUCGACAAACUCGAUGAGACCCUGGAUCAGCGCAUUAACACUUGGGAAAAGCAACAAGUCAUGAUGAAAUCUCAGCAGAUUCAAAGUAUCAAUCCAGUUAUUGAUCUAUGGAGACGUUUCAGCAACCAAAACCCACACGAGGCAGCUGCUUUGGACGGCGAGAUUCGACUAUAUCAAGACCAGCUCUACCUUGAAAAGCUGGGAAUUUGCGCCGAAAUCGCCUCGGCACUCGCAUACCUUCACAACCAGGGGGUUAUCUUUCGUGACUUGAAGCCAAACAAUAUUGGAUUUCUGAAUGGCCGUGUCCAAUUAUUCGACUUCGGUCUCAGUCGCGAAAUCCCAUCAUGCGACUUUAGCCAAGCUUUCGAAAUGUCUGGCAAAGUGGGUACUCUCCGUUAUAUGGCCGUGGAAGUCGCUUGUCACCAACGCUAUAAUGUCUCAGCAGACGUUUACAGCUGGGCGAUGGUCUGUUACGAAGUCUUGACUCAUCAAAAGCCGUUCGCGGACUGGACGCGCGAUAUGCACCAGCAUUUGGUUUGCGGUCGUGGAAUGCGCCCAGAAACGGAUCGUCUUCCUAGAAAUAUAGGUGCAUUGCUACAAGCCAGUUGGUCGCAACGAGCUCAUGAGCGGCCUCAUAUGUUGGCAGCUAUGCAUAAGACCCGAAUGUUGGAAGAGCAGCACUUGUUUUCAUGCUCCUCUCUUCAUCAACCUACACCGCUUCACGAAAAUGUCGAUGUGGCCGUUGAACUGCCGCAUAACUUUUCAUUGAUCCGAAAGUGUCCGGAUAGAACGUUUUCCAACGACACACAAAAUACUGGGACCACCAUGUCUAUGUCGGGACUGAGAGACUACGUAUAA